UGUGACUUCUUGCUGUUGGAUUUGUGUUCCUGUCUUUCUGAAGUCCUUUUUAAAGAUUGGUAUGGAUGUAUAGGCUGAGUGGUUUCAACUUUUGUUGCUAUUAAGUCACCAUCUUGACUCCUCACCCCCAGGUAAUAAUUCAAUAUCGCAAGGCUUUAAGGGCUAGGCAAAUGGGGUUAAAUGACUUAUCCAGGGGUCACAUAGCUGGGAAAUAGUACAUACCUAUGUUCCAAACUCCAGUAUUUUUGUUUAAGACUAUGUUAUCCUUCUAGUCUCUCAGGUUUGCUGCCUUGCUCCCCAUUCUCCUUCACACCACAUAUCCAGUAGUUGCCAAAUCUUAUAGCUGCUUCAUGCAUAGCAUCUCUUACAUCCAUUCCCUUUUUUCCCCAGUAGCUCCUGCCCUGGUUCAUAUGCUCAUCACCUUCUAUCCAGACUAUUCCAAUUGCCUUCUCUGCAGUCUACCCUCCACAUAGCUGCCAUAGUGAUUUUCCUGAAGCAUUAUUCUGAGCAUGUCACUUCCUUCCUUAAUAAACUCCCAACUGGCUCUCUGUGGCCCUAGGUCCUGCAUUUAGUUUUAAAGUUCUUCAUAGCCUGGCUCUAAACUGCCUUUCCAAACUAUCCUUUUGAGCCAAAAUGCCUUCUUGCUGAUUCUCAUCUAUAGCAGGCUAACCUUUUGUCUGCAUCAUUGUACAGGCUGGAGAUUUCCAUGUUUUCUUCAUUUCAGGAAGGACCACUCACCUCACAAGGAGGUGUCUUGAGUGAGACAGAGGUACCCAAAAUUGUUGACCUCGCUCUCUCUUCCAGAAUCAUUGAAGUCUGAUGGCAAGCAGAAGUCUUGUCUAACCAAGCUCUAAGGCUCCAUGGUGCCUGCUUCAGCUGCCUUCAAGGUCACUGGAACAGACUUUUCUCAUCCAUCCAUUCCACUGGGGAAGUCUUCACGUCUUUGGGGUAGACAUCCCCUAAGUCAUCAAUGUUUGAUGCCUGUCUACUGAGACACUUUUACCAGGCAUAGCUAUUGUUUGUGCUCUAGCUUCCUGGGUGAGAGUUGGUUAGCAAGUGGACACCAAAAAGGAGAAUGAGCAACCCUGUAAAGGGUUUGUUUGGCAGGUCCUCAUACUCAAGGUGCUAUUCCUACAGGAACAUCCUUUACACAGUUGGGUGCUAUAUAAAUAUUAGUCCUCGAUGCUCUCAUUGUGUGUAUGGAUGUGAUACAAAAGGAAACCAUUGGAAAGAAGUUUGAAAGGAAACAUAUUGAAAUGUUCACUGACCUGAAUAGCCCCUUCAGCAAAGACCAGAUGGACAUUAUCAUCAGUAACUUGAAGCGGUCUGACAUCUCCCUGCAGUUCUUUCUUCCUUUUCCAAUUGACAAAGAAGAUGGAGAUGGGGAUACAGAUGACAGCAGUUUUCCCUCUGAAAGACAGAAACCAUCUCUUCCACAGAAAGGACUCACAAAGCAACAGAAAGAAAGUCUUAGCGUGGUAAAGAAUAUGAUGAUGUCUCUGGAGGGGGAAGAUGGUCUCAAUGAGAUUUACUCCUUCAGUGAGAGUCUAAGACAGCUGUGCGUCUUUAAGAAAAUUGAAAGGAGACCCAUGCCCUGGCCCUGCCUAUUGACCAUCGGCUCUAAUUUGUCUAUAAAGAUUGUGGCCUACAAGUCAGUUACUCAGGAGAAAGUAAAAAAAAGUUGGACAGUUGUAGAUGCUAGAACUCUAAGGAAAGAAGAUGUACAAAAAGAAACAGUCUACUGCUUAAAUGAUGAUGAUGAAACCGAAGUCCAGAAAGAAGAUACUAUCCAAGGGUUCCGCUAUGGGAGUGAUAUUGUUCCUUUCUCUAAAGUGGAUGAGGAGCAAAUGAAAUACAAAACAGAAGGAAAAUGCUUCUCUGUUUUAGGAUUCUGUAGGUCAUCUCAGGUACACAGGAAAUUUUUUAUGGGAAACCAGGUUCUAAAGGUCUUUGCUGCAAAAGAUGAUGAGGCAGCAGCAGUGGCCCUCUCCUCCUUGAUCCAUGCACUUGAUGAAUUAGACAUGGUAGCCAUCGUCCGAUAUGCUUAUGACAGAAGAUCUAAUCCCCAAGUUGGUGUGGCUUUUCCUUUUAUCAAGCAAGCUUAUGAGUGCUUAGUGUAUGUGCAGUUGCCCUACAUGGAAGACUUAAGGCAAUACUUGUUUUCCUCCUUGAGAAACAAUAAGAAGUGUACUCCCACAGAGGCCCAAUUAUCUGCAGUGGAUGCUUUGAUUGACUCUAUGAGCUUGGUUAACAAUGAUGAAGAUGAGGAUACCAUUGAAGACAUGUUUCAAACCUCUAAAAUUCCAAAUCCCCAGUUUCAGAGGUUGUUUCAGUGCCUGCUACAUAGAGCUUUGUACCCCAGUGAUCCUUUGCCCCCAAUUCAGCAACAUCUUUGGGACAUGCUGAAUCCCCCUACAGAGGUGACAGCUAAAUGCCAAGCUCCUCUCUCCAAAAUAAAGACUCUCUUCCCUCUGACUGAAGCCAUCAAGAAAAGGGAUCAAAUGACAGCUCAAGACAUCUUCCAAGAUAACCAUGAAGAUGAACCUAUACCUAAAAAAGCCAAAACUGAGGAAGGGGAAGGCAACUUUAGUAUCUCCAGCCUGGCUGAGGGCAACAUCACCAGUGUUGGCAGUGUGAACCCAGCUGAAAACUUCCGUGUCCUAGUGAGACGAAAGAAUGCCAAUUUCAAGGAAGUAAGUUGCCAGUUGGUACACCACAUCGACCAGUUUUUGGAAACCAAAGGACUACAGUAUUAUAUGAAGAGCCUUGACUGCAUCAGAGUAUUCAGAGAGGAAGCCAUUCAGUUGUCAGAAGAACAGAACUUUAACAAUUUCCUGCAAACCCUUCGAGACAAAGUGGAAGAUAAAGCCCUAAAUGAUUUUUGGGAAAUUAUUGUUCAAGAUGGAAUUUCUCUGAUCACAAAAGAUGAAGCUCCAGGAAGCUCUGUAACAGCUGAGGAAGCCAAAAAGUUUCUGGCCCCAAAGGAAAAACCAGCCACAGGCCUGGAUGUAGCUGAGGAAGGAGGAGAUGUGGAUGAUUUGCUGGACAUGAUGUAGGCCACGGAAGAAACUCAGAAUGUGAGCACCGAAGAGCCUUGUGUUGGUCGCAGGUUCCUGGGAUUGCCCUGGAAAGGACCUUCUGGUAGAAGCCAGUAGGGAGCUGCCUUUGAUGAUGACCUCUCGAUCCCAGGCCAGAGGCUGAAUUACAAACCAAUAUUUUUCUAUAUGAGUCAAUGAGUUAUUUUCUUAAGCUACAGAAAAUGUACCUGCACUCACAAUAUGUGCAUACAGAGAGACGGCACCAAUUCUCAUCUCAGGGUUUUUGAUCUUUAUUGUUGUCUCUGAUAACUAGGAUGUUAUUUCCAGGUGAGCAGAUUCCAUUGUGAGCACUCAGCUGUGUGUGUAUUAUUGUUGUUUGGACAACCAAAAUAAAGUUGUUUCCUCAACCGCCA